AAUAAUGUACUGCACGUCAUAGGUGAAAUAUUUUGAGCAAGUAUGAAGUUACUCUCAUUAUUACUUGUGAUUUUUUCACUGCUCGAUAGUUAUGUUGAAUUGGCAGCUGUUCGUGCUGGUGUACUACCACAUAAUUUGUACGAGUGUGAUCCAGUUCAACCACGAAUUAGAAUUCUGCAGAAAUUUGUACAAAGACCUGGAAGGCCAGGAACAAUUGUGAACGAAGCAUUUCAGUAUCCAAGAUUUCCAGACUUAUAUCCCAGUUCCAGAAUAAUUACUUGCAUAACAGUGGAAGACUUGAUCAGGAAUGGUAAGGGGGGAUAUGCAGAAAUAGUCGCAGGGGGAAUCAACUCAAAUUUUGUCAGCAUAGUGUUUGAAUCACAAGAAGGGGAGGAUAUAUUUUUUGCUGUUACAAUUUAUGCAACCUAUUCCGAUCCUGUUCCUACAAAUGGAUCAGAUAUUGGGCAUGCCACAAUAGAACCUUAAAAAUUGAUGAGAAAAUGUCAAAAUAACAAAUAUUUCAAUGUGACAAGGCUUCUAAUAGUUUUUUGUCCAAAAAGGUUCGCAGUUGUAGUUUGUAAAUUUGCUAUGAAUUAUAAUAAUUAUUGAAUAAUUAUAUUUUUUUGUAAGUGUA